GUGGUGGGCUCCCCUCUCAUUCCCGGGGCUUCUCCUCCGCGACAGGUGAAUUGCUUCUGAGUCCAUUCCUGCGGCUGAAACCUGCCCGAAGCCGCUCCUGCAAAGCAGCGGAGGAGAAACCACCAGCCACUUUGCAGAAUGCUGUGGAGUCAAAAACAGUUGACUUUGGGCCUUAGCCAGCAAAGCACUCCUUACGGUUCUUGAGCAAGAAUAGCCUACUCAGGAUCACCAAAUACAGGUUUACUAUUUCCUUGGAUUCCUGAUAAAUGCAUCCAAUAUGGACCAUCCCCUGGCCUGGUUCUGGCACUUCCUGUGGCUGCUGCCGCUGCUGCAUUUGCCUCCGCGAGGAGCCCAGGCCUUCUUCCCCAACUUCUGGUCUCGCACCAUGGCUUUCACCUGGGACUCCGUCACCCACCAGGACAUGACCGAGGAGGCCAUCCUCAACGUCACCUUGCGCAUCUUUGUGGAGAUGGAGCAUCCCACCAAGGGGAAAUGUAUCCGGGAGGAGGACUUCAAGGGCAGGACCCUCCUGGCUGACGACAUCUUUGCUGCUUUCUAUGGUCCUGAGGUGUCGGCUAAGCGCUUCCGCGGGGCUAUCGCCCAGGUGGCCAACGCCAAUGCCGCCAUGGAUUUCACGAACACCACGCGGGACGACCCUGUGCUCCACUUUGAUUCUGAGCUCAUCCGCUCCACAAACAGCUGGCUGAUGCAAACCCGCAAAGAGAUCCUCCAAGCUGUGCGUUCAGAGCAGUAUGUCAUCGCCCGGGGCAAGCUGGGGCAGCUGCUCCAUACCUUACAGGAUUUCUACAGUCACAGCAACUGGAUCGAACUUGGCCAUCGGAAGAUACACCCGCACCUCCUACAACCAGGCCAUGAAAUCAAGUCCAUCGCAGAAGGCUUUCUCUCCUGCUCCCCUCCAGCCGGCGUACGAACCUGCACGGACUGCUCUGACUGGACGUGUCGGGGAAACCUCUUGGAAGGUCUCCUUGAGAAGGGGCUUUUGACCACUGGUUUCUAUGGCGCCCAACCUGAAAAGCCAAUCGGAAAGUGCAGCCAUGGCGGGAGAUUUGACGACAGCCGCCACAGGGAGCCUCGGGGUGGUAUCAAUAAGGACAGCUCGUCGUUCUUGUUCUCGCCUCACAAUUACCUGCACAGGGAAGCCGCUGCCGUGGCCCAGGAGGCCUCAGUACACUUCCUGGAGAAGCUCUGGCGGGAAAUAAAGAGCAAGCUGUUCAUGAGGCUACUGGAUAUCAGUCCAGCUACGGGUUUGAGCUUUGUUGUGGACACCACUGGAAGCAUGGGCGAGGAGAUCAGCGCAGCCAAGCGCCAAGCCUGGGAGAUCAUCACGUCGCGCCGAGGCACCCUCCAGGAGCCAGAUUUCUAUCUCUUAGUCCCAUUCAACGACCCUGAGUUUGGCCCUGUCCAUAAGACCAGCGACCCGGAUGAGUUCUGGAAAAUCCUCAACACCAUUAGCCCUCUGAAAGGCGGAGACGAGCCAGAAAUGUGCCUUUCUGCACUUCAGCUUGCCCUCCAGAACUCGCCGCCGUACUCCGAGAUCUUCGUCUUUACUGAUGCAUCUGCUAAAGAUGCACACCUGAAGAACAGCGUGGAAGCCCUCAUCCAGGAACAGAAAUGCAAGGUGACCUUCUUAAUAACAGAAGAUCCCUCCAGAACCCGGGUGAAAAGGGAAACACUUUCCCCAGACCGAUUCAACCUCUACAUCAGCCUAGCUCACAGCUCCGGCGGCCAGAUUAUAUUUACGGACAACGAGAACAUCCAGAGGGUGUCGGAAAUCAUCGGUGAAUCCAGCACAUCUUCGGUGACCCUCUUCCGCCACCAGAAAGGGAAUAUCUUCAGCCCCAAGGGGUCGCAGCGGAGGAGGAGAAAGGAAGCAGCGCAGCUGGAGGAUCACACCUUCUGGAUUGACAGCUUGGUGGACAAAGUGGUCUUGACCAUUCAGGGGGGUGUUCGGGCCUUUGAGAUGCAGAACCCUGCAGGUGUAAGACAGGCUUCUUCAUCAGCCAGCGGUCCAUUGGCCAAGAUCCAGUCCAUUGGCAGCAUCUACAGAGCAGUCCUUUCUCCCCCUGUCCAUGCUGGUAAAUGGAGGCUGAGACUUCAGUCACAAGGCCACUACUCUGUGCACGUCCAAGGUCAGAGUACCUUUGACUUCCUGUAUUACUUUGCGGUUCCAAAGGAUGGACGCCACCCUGGGCUUUUUAUGAUGGAUAGUUCCCCUGUACAAGGCCUGCCCACUUACCUGGUCGUUAUGGCGACUGGUUUGAAGCGAUCCCCUGAGGCGGGCUCGGUUCAGCUGAAAGCUGUGAACCUGGAGGGGACGGGAGGCAGCCUCGAGGAGCUGAAACUGGAAGGAGGAGCCAACCGGACGGACCUGCUGGUGGCCAAGCUGCCUCCCACCCUGAUGACCGACAGCAGCUUCUCUGUAGUGCUGCGUGCUCUGGAUGGAGACGGCCAGAAGGUGGAGAGGGCUGCCCCUCAAGCGACCACUGUUGAGGCAUCCCUGCUGGAGCUGAGCACAGAUGCUCCGGUGUUCCCAGGGAGACCGGUUGCCGUUGCCUGGAAGGUGACGAAUCCCGGCUCACCCAAGCAGUAUGAUCUGAGGGUAAGCAGCGUUCCUGGGUUCCCGGUCAACAUCUCCAGCUCCAGGCUACAAUUGGACUUUAACCAAACAGCAACUGGACUCAUUACCUUGAAUGUACCUGAUGCUGCUGAUCCUGGCUCUGCGAUCACCCUGACACUGCAGGCCAGGCUCCUUCACCCAUCUGGGGAUCCUAGCUUUGCCCAUCUACAGCUGCUUGUGAUGCCACUACCCCUGGUGCAGAAACCAGUCUCCUCCCCAGUCUGCAACGUCACUUCUGUCGGCGGGUCCUGUGGCCCACCGCGGAUCCCUUGCCACGACCAGCGUUGGACGGCCACCUUGCGGAUCUGGGACGAAGCUGGCGUCCGCUCGGUACAUGUGGAAGGGGGCACCGUGGUCGCUCACCAUGCCGACGGGCUGGCAGAGUCCGUCACUUACACCUCAGACUGUUGCUCGCAGCAAGCCAGGCUGGUGGUCACCAACCUACUUGGGCAGAAGUAUCGGUGCCAAGUGGCGUCGGCGCCCCCUGCUCUUACCUUGAAGCCAAGAGCGUCCUCUCCUGAGGUCCUCAGGAAGCCUGUGGCGGCAGCAGGGGCUGCUGCAUCCUGGGGGUGGGUAUUAAUGGUGUCCAUGGCAACCGGAUGGAUGAUGUGUGUCACAUAGGGGAAACUCCUGGCUGUAGGAAGGACCUCUCUGACUGUAGAGGCUGCCCUCUGUAGGGAUAUUGUGGCCUUUUUCCUUCCCAAGGAAGAGAAUGAAUGAGCUUGGAAGAUGCCAA